AUGUGUUCUCAUCGGCUGGCAAUAGCAAAACUAGUUCGUGAAUUUAAAGAACCACUUUUUUCUCAUUCAUCACAAGUUUCCCGUCAAAAUAAACAGGAGCUUUGGGAGUAUAUUAGACAACAAGCAGUUAAUCAAGGAGCUUCCCAAUAUGCGAGGAAAUCGUGGAAAGAGAUUCGAGAUUGUGUUUGGGCCCCUAUUAGACGUGACACAAUGGCUAAACUGAACAAGGCUAAGACAGUUGGUGAAGACUCUGUUGUUUUUACCGAGAUUGACAAAAUUGUUAUUGAAAUAAUUAGCACAAUAGGGCUUAUGGGGUGGAAUGCUGAAGAUGACAUUAGAUCUCCGAUGGAUAUCUUUAUGGAGAAUGGCUUUAAUGAUAAUAUAUCUCACCAGCAACACUUUUCCCGGGAUAAUACAGUUUCUUCUGGUAGUUUAAUUCGUUUUAUAAAUUGCGCAUCUCUAGACUUUUCAGGCUGUAUUAAUGAUAAUAGGGAUAACUCUGAUGACGAUAUUACCGAAAUCGAGGGAAAGCCGUGUGAUUCUUUAAGUCAAAUGCUGGAAUUAAUUCGUGAAGCGCCCAUGGCAUCAAUGAAUUCUAAAACAUGCUUCGAUAGAAAAGAGAAUGAAAAUGGAUUUAAUAAUAGAGAUCAAGAGCGUCAAAUUUCGGCAUCAUCAAAGAGUCAAUUCGCUGAGGGACUAUAUCCACAAAAUCCUCAUAAAAGAAAAGCCUUAGAUCAGCAAUCAAUUUUUCUAAAACCUUCAGAGUCACCUGUAUUUGUGCCUUCAUAUGAUUCUGACACUGAGUCAGACAAGGCUAUAAAACGUGCUAAAUUGGAACAACUCGAGUUGCAAAAAAUUCUCUUAAAAGAACAAAUAGAGGAAAAACGUUUACAGAAUCAACUUUUGCAGAUUGAACUUAAAACGAAGAGAGGAAAGUAA